AUGGGCUCUCUCUGGGGCCUAGCUCUGCUCCUUUUCUUCUUUUGCUGGGUGCCUGGGGCCCCCAAGAGCUUUGCAGAGACCAAGGCCCUCACAAAAAUAACACCUUCCGAAUUCAAGGUUGUGAUUCCCACUUCUAUGGUGACCUCAGUCACAAGUGGCACGGGAACAGCAACGACCACAGUUGAGGCUGUCAUGGGCGGCCAUCUGUCGGAAAGUGUCUUUGACAUCCUGUGUUCUGAUGACAGCUCUGAAGAGGCAAAGAGGAUCACUACUGGUGUCUUGACAUUGGCUCACACCUCUGCAGAAUCCGAGGCCCUGCCCCGGAAGGGCAGCUCCUCCCCUGACAGCACAGCUCCCGUCAUUCCCACCUCACGAGCACUGGUGCCUGACACCAUGACUCCAGCUAAAGGCUUGGUUGCCUACACCAUCACUGACACUGAGGUUAUCAAUUGCAGCAUUAUAGAGAUAGAAACAACUGACGUCCCUGGGGCCUUAGACACAGAUCACAGCUCUGAAGAAAGAGGAAAGACCCCAUCCACUCCUGAGACCUUAACCUGGCCAGGCUCCUCUGAAGGAAAAUCAUUCCUCACCAGUACCACACCGUCUGUGAAAGACUCGUCAAUAGCCAGUGCCACAGAGUCAGCCGCUUCAGUCGAGACCCCACACUCUGCCAAUAGCACCACAGAAAGAAAAACAACAGCCGCCCAGGCCAUCACUCCCAGUGGAACUUUGGUGACAGGCAGCAUGAACCUGGAAGAAACCUCAGGCCCCUCUGUGGAGACAACAGGACACAGAAAGUCUUCAAUCUCCACAGAGGCUGGGUCAGCUUCCCCUUUGGAACCCUCAGCAAUCGUCUACAGCCCCUCCAAAGUAGCCACCAUCAAGAACUCCACCCCUCCACAGACUUCUACCACAGAUAGCACCUCAGCUGGACUCUCCUCCAGCAGAAGGAGUUCUGUUCCUUAUGGCCAUGUGACUACCACCCAAGGCAGCCAAGAAACAAACAGCACCUUAGCCAAGACCAGCGGCUCAGGGAGGACCUCAAAGUCAGCCAUCUUUGCUACAGGGAGGACCCCAACAAUCUUACCUACCACUGCUUGGAUGAGGUGCAUCACAGAUGUUACUGCAGGGGGUGGUGGAGGCGUCCUCCUCCUAAGGCUGCGUGUGGCCUCUCCAGAAGACCUCACUGACCGCCAAGUGGCAGAGACACUGAUGCAGCAGCUCCUUCGUGAACGGUACUCCCACCAGCCUCCCAUCCAAGUCUCCCUGCUGCGUGUCAGGAGGGACUAGAGCAUCUCAGCUGCAGCAGGGCAUGGCCAUGUGCCGGAAGAAGGUAGAGCUGCCUAUGGCUUGGGCCCCUGCCACAGACUGGAGCCUCGUGACUGCAGGGAAAUGUUCCUGGAGGGUUCCCACAGAGGCCAGCUGCCCUGAGCCGCUUACUCCAACAUGGUAGUCGGACUCUGGUUCACUAUGUUGGGGGACAUGUAUGAGGAGGGGGGGUCUUC